AGUAUCAGUCAUCGCAGAAGACGGUUCGGCAAAACAUAAUUGUUUUAGUUUUUAUCUUUUAAUAUAGCAGUUUUAUUCGCAUUGCAUGGACAGAAAGUAAUUAUUUAAGGCAGUGAGUUUCCAACAAGCUAUUACGAUGACGCAAAUGCUACCUAUAAGGUUUCAGGAGCAUUUACAGCUCACAAAUGUGGGCAUCAGCGCGACGUCGGUCUCCUUCAACACCCUCACCAUGGAGUCCGACAAAUUCAUCUGCGUCCGUGAAAAGGUUGGCGAGACCGCCCAGGUUGUCAUCAUCGAUAUGAAUGAUGCAAAUAAUCCUAUCAGAAGACCCAUCAGUGCGGAUUCUGCUAUUAUGAAUCCUGCUAGCAAAGUUAUUGCAUUGAAAGGAAAAGCUGGCGUUGAAGCCCAAAAGACUCUUCAGAUCUUCAAUAUUGAAAUGAAAUCAAAAAUGAAAGCACACACAAUGUCUGAAGAUGUCGUAUUCUGGAAAUGGAUUUCAUUGAAUACUCUUGCUCUUGUUACCGAGACAUCUGUAUUCCACUGGUCCAUGGAAGGAGACUCAACACCAGUAAAAAUGUUUGACAGACACUCUUCACUCAAUGGUUGUCAAAUAAUAAAUUAUCGUACAGAUCCUAAACAGGCUUGGCUUUUGCUAGUUGGUAUAUCUGCACAACAAAAUCGUGUAGUAGGAGCUAUGCAAUUGUAUUCAGUUGAGAGAAAGUGCUCACAACCUAUUGAAGGACAUGCAGCGUCAUUUGCCACUUUUAAAAUGGAGGGUAAUGCUGAACCUAGUACCCUGUUUUGUUUUGCUGUCCGCACAGUCCAAGGGGGAAAAUUACACAUAAUCGAGGUUGGGCAGGCACCACAAGGAAAUCAGCCUUUUGCUAAAAAAGCUGUUGAUGUAUUUUUCCCUCCAGAAGCACAAAAUGACUUUCCUGUAGCAAUGCAGGUUUCUUCUAAGUAUGAUGUGAUUUAUCUUAUUACAAAGUAUGGCUAUAUACACAUGUAUGAUAUUGAAACUGCCACAUGCAUUUACAUGAAUCGAAUCUCAAGCGAUACAAUAUUUGUCACAGCUCCUCAUGAAGCCAGUGGUGGUAUAAUUGGAGUGAAUCGUAAAGGGCAAGUUCUAUCAGUAACAGUAGAGGAGGAUAAUAUAAUCCCUUAUAUCAACUCAGUGUUACAAAAUCCAGAUCUUGCUUUAAGAAUGGCUGUUCGAAAUAAUCUAGCUGGCGCUGAAGAUUUAUUUGUGAGAAAGUUCAAUUUGCUGUUUCAAAAUGGACAAUAUGGAGAAGCCGCAAAGGUUGCUGCUAAUGCUCCAAAGGGUAUUUUGCGUACACCACAAACAAUUCAAAGAUUUCAGCAAGUGCCAACAACUGCUGGACAAACAUCUCCAUUAUUGCAAUAUUUCAGUAUUCUGUUAGAUCAGGGUCAAUUAAAUCGAUAUGAAUCACUUGAACUUUGUCGGCCUGUUUUAAUACAAGGACGAAAAGUACUUUUGGAAAAAUGGUUGAAGGAAGACAAACUGGAAUGCUCUGAAGAACUUGGUGAUCUAUUUAAGCAAGCUGAUGAAAGUAAUGCAACUCUUGCUUUAUCAGUUUAUUUGCGAGCAAAUGUACCAAGUAAAGUAAUUCAAUGUUUUGCUGAAACUGGACAAUUCCAAAAGAUAGUCUUAUAUGCCAAAAAGGUAUCUUACACUCCUGACUACAUUUUGUUAUUGAGAAGCGUGAUGAGAACAAAUCCAGAUCAAGGUGCUGAGUUUGCCAGCAUGCUUGUAGCUGAUGAAGAACCGUUGGCUGAUAUUAACCAAAUAGUUGAUAUAUUCAUGGAGCAAAACAUGGUUCAACAAUGCACAUCGUUCUUGCUGGACGUUUUGAAAAAUAAUAGGCCUACAGAAGGUCCAUUGCAAACUAGGUUAUUGGAAAUGAAUCUUGUCAAAGCUCCACAAGUAGCUGAUGCAAUUUUGGGAAAUGCUAUGUUUACUCAUUAUGACAGAGCGCAUGUUGCACAGCUCUGUGAAAAGGCUGGAUUAUUACAAAGAGCUCUUGAACAUUACACUGAUUUGUAUGAUAUCAAACGAGCAGUUGUCCACACACAUCUACUAUCAGCUGAUUGGUUAGUAGGAUUUUUUGGAACUUUAUCAGUAGAAGAUUCUUUGGAGUGUUUGAAAGCCAUGCUGACAGCUAACAUUCGUCAAAAUCUGCAAAUAUGUGUCCAAAUCGCAACCAAAUAUCAUGAACAAUUAACCACAAAGGCAUUAAUUGACUUAUUCGAAGGUUUUAAGAGCUAUGAGGGAUUGUUCUAUUUCUUAGGAUCAAUAGUUAACUUUAGCCAAGACCAAGAAGUACAUUUCAAAUAUAUUCAAGCUGCUUGCAAGACAGGACAAAUAAAAGAAGUUGAAAGAAUUUGCAGAGAAAGUAAUUGCUACAAUGCAGAAAGAGUUAAAAACUUCUUAAAAGAGGCUAAAUUAACUGAUCAACUUCCACUGAUCAUUGUUUGUGAUCGUUUUGACUUUGUGCAUGAUUUGGUCUUGUACUUGUACAGAAAUUCUUUACAAAAAUAUAUUGAGAUCUAUGUGCAGAAGGUAAAUCCCUCCCGGUUGCCAGUUGUUGUUGGUGGACUUUUGGAUGUAGAUUGCUCUGAGGAUAUCAUUAAGAAUUUGAUUCUGGUAGUACGUGGACAGUUUUCUACUGAUGAACUUGUUGAGGAAGUGGAGAAGAGAAACAGGUUAAAGCUUUUGCUGCCAUGGCUCGAAUCUAGGGUGCAUGAAGGAUGCGUUGAACCAGCCACUCAUAAUGCUCUUGCUAAAAUUUACAUUGAUAGCAAUAACAAUCCUGAAAGAUUCCUUAAAGAAAAUCAAUGGUAUGACAGCAGAGUUGUUGGUAGAUAUUGUGAAAAGCGUGACCCGCACCUUGCAUGUGUAGCUUAUGAGCGUGGCCAAUGUGAUCGGGAAUUGAUCGCUGUUUGUAAUGAAAAUUCAUUGUUCAAAUCCGAAGCGCGAUAUUUGGUGAGAAGACGUGAACCAGAAUUGUGGGCUGAAGUGUUAUCAGAGGAAAAUCCUUACAAACGACCAUUGAUUGAUCAGGUAGUGCAAACUGCUCUCUCAGAAACACAGGAUCCUGAAGAUAUUUCAGUAACAGUGAAAGCUUUCAUGACUGCCGACUUACCAAAUGAACUCAUUGAGCUCUUAGAAAAAAUUGUAUUGGACAGUUCAGUAUUUUCUGACCAUAGGAAUUUACAGAAUCUACUUAUUUUAACAGCGAUCAAAGCCGAUAGAACAAGAGUGAUGGAUUACAUCAAUCGCUUGGAUAAUUAUGACGCGCCUGAUAUCGCAAACAUCGCAAUUAACAAUCAGUUAUAUGAAGAAGCUUUUGCUAUAUUUAAGAAGUUUGAUGUUAAUACUUCAGCCAUUCAGGUGUUGAUUGAACAAGUCAAUAACCUUGAUCGUGCAUAUGAAUUCGCUGAACGGUGCAAUGAACCAGCCGUUUGGUCUCAAUUGGCCAGGGCGCAAUUGCAACAGGGUCUUGUCAAGGAAUCCAUCGACAGUUACAUCAAAGCUGAUGAUCCUAGUGCUUACAUGGAUGUUGUUACAACCGCCAGCUCAAACAAUAGUUGGGAAGAUCUUGUUAGAUAUUUACAGAUGGCUAGAAAGAAGGCACGUGAGUCGUACAUUGAGAGCGAAUUGAUAUACGCCUAUGCUCGUACUGGUCGCUUGGCUGACUUGGAAGAAUUUGUAUCGGGCCCGAAUCAUGCUGACAUUCAAAAAAUUGGAGAUCGUUGCUUUGAAGAUAAAAUGUAUGAUGCAGCAAAACUCUUGUAUAACAAUGUGAGCAAUUUUGCACGUUUGGCUAUCACUUUGGUACAUCUCAAAGAAUUCCAAGGAGCUGUUGAUGGUGCAAGAAAAGCAAACUCCACAAGAACUUGGAAAGAAGUUUGUUUUGCUUGUGUAGAUGCCGAAGAAUUCAGACUUGCUCAAAUGUGUGGAUUACAUAUUGUAGUUCAUGCUGACGAACUUGAAGAUUUGAUCAACUAUUAUCAAGACCGUGGCUAUUUUGAAGAAUUAAUAGGUUUGCUGGAAGCCGCUUUAGGAUUGGAGCGCGCGCACAUGGGAAUGUUCACAGAGCUUGCUAUACUUUAUUCUAAAUACAAAACUGCUAAAAUGCGUGAACAUUUGGAAUUGUUCUGGUCUCGUGUAAAUAUACCUAAGGUACUGAGAGCAGCAGAACAAGCACAUUUAUGGUCGGAACUAGUUUUUCUAUAUGACAAAUAUGAGGAGUAUGAUAAUGCAGUAUUGGCUAUGAUGGCACAUCCAACUGAAGCUUGGAGGGAGGGACACUUUAAGGACAUUGUAACUAAAGUUGCUAACAUGGAAUUGUACUACAAAGCCAUACAGUUUUAUUUAGAUUAUAAACCCUUACUGCUGAAUGAUAUAUUACUUGUGCUGGCACCACGGAUGGAUCAUACUCGGGCAGUUGCAUUUUUCACAAAAACAAACCAUUUGCAAUUGGUAAAAGUCUACUUAAGAUCAGUACAAAGCUUGAAUAACAAGGCAAUUAAUGAAGCAUUAAAUGGUUUAUUGAUAGAUGAAGAAGAUUAUCAGGGAUUAAGAACAUCAAUUGAUGCUUUUGAUAACUUUGACAACAUUGCAUUGGCACAACAGUUAGAGAAACAUGAAUUAACAGAAUUUAGACGAAUUGCAGCAUACUUAUACAAAGGUAACAAUCGUUGGAAGCAGAGUGUGGAGUUAUGUAAGAAAGAUAGAUUAUUUAAAGAUGCAAUGGAGUAUGCGGCUGAAUCUCGGCAACAAGAUGUUGCAGAAGAAUUACUUAGUUGGUUUUUGGAGCGUGGAGCACACGACUGCUUUGCUGCUUGCCUAUAUCAAUGUUAUGAUUUGCUUAGACCUGAUGUUAUUAUGGAAUUGGCGUGGAGGCAUAAUAUAAUGGACUUUGCAAUGCCGUAUUUGAUUCAAGUCACUCGAGAGUAUACUGCAAAAGUUGAUAAAUUAGAACAGAAUGAAGCUGAAAGGCAACAGGAAGGUGCCGAACAAGAGAACAAACCAAUGAUGCUGUCUGAGCCCCAGCUUAUGUUAACCGCUGGUCCAAUACCUCCUCAAUAUGCCCAAGGAUACGCUCCAGGUUAUGCGCCCAAUAUGCCCUAUCAAGGAUACGGCAUGUAAAUCAAGUAAAUAUUCAGUAGACAAUUCAUAAAAAUUUAAGUUAAGAGUCAUUUUAAAUUCCAUUUGCAAUGUAACUAUUGCAUAAGCAUCUCUGAGAAAACAAUUGCAUAUAUCAAUAUAUAUUUCUAUAUAUAACGGCAUAUAUAAUUUCCUUAUAUAAAUUGGCAAUUGUAUAAAAAUAGUAUUAUGAGUUAUGAGAACUUUUUGUUCUAAAAGUUUAUGCAAAAUAUGUUUUCCUUAACUGCAUAUAAAUGUAACUGCAUAUGUACUGUGAACAAUGAAAAAAUGUACUAUUAAUAUAUUAUCAAUAAUUAUGAAAAUAUGGUAAAAGAAUGUAGGGUUAUAUAGAAUGCAAAAUCCCCGAUAAAAAGUAUAUGAGCUAAAUUUAA